AUGCUCCUCAUACUAGCGCUCUUUCCCAUUCUUUUUCUAUGCGCUCUCGCCUUACCAUCCCAGCGUCGGGCUCCUUCCGGAAACAAUACAGUCAUCGUCCAGAUGUUCGAAUGGACUUGGGACAGCAUAGCUUCUGAAUGUACUGAUUUCAUUGGACCUUCUGGCUAUGGUUUUGUUCAAGGAAAGCCUUUUAGCCCACCGGAGGAACACAUUACCGGCACCCAGUGGUGGACGGAUUACCAGCCAGUUACAUAUACUUUAAUCUCAAAGCGCGGUGACAGGGAUGAAUUUGCAAACAUGAUAACGACGUGUCACGCCGCCGGUGUUAGAGUAAUUGCUGACACCAUCUUCAAUCAUAUGACCGGCAUGGACUCGGGUACCGGAGUUGCGGGUGAUACCUUUACCCACUAUGUAUAUCCUGGCAUAUAUCAAUACCAGGAUUUCCAUCAUUGUAAUCUCACCAGCACCGGUGAUAUUGAAGAUUACUCCAGUCGUGCGCAGGUCCAAACUUGCCAGCUGGAAGGCCUCGCGGACCUUGCGACGGAAACGGAAUAUGUUCGUGGGCGUCUGGCUGAAUAUGCGAACGACCUCCUUUCUCUGGGAGUUGACGGACUGCGUUUAGAUGCUGCGAAACACAUUGCUGCUGACGAUAUCGCCAACAUCACAAGCCGCUUUUCAUCGGCGCCUUACAUUACUCAGGAAGUCAUCUGGGGAGCUGGUGAGGCUGUCCAGCCAUCGGAAUAUGUUGGGAUUGGUGAUGUCCAAGAAUUCCGCUACACUACUGCUCUCCAGAACGCCUUCGGGGGUGGCAGCAUAUCUGGACUAGAGGACCUGGAUAGCCAAGGAUGGAUAUCUGGGUCGCAAGCCAAUGUCUUCGUAGCGAAUCACGAUACUGAAAGGAACGGUAAUUCUCUCAACGUCAAUUCGGCUAACAACGCCUACGUGAUUGCUACAAUAUUCUCGCUUGCUCAUCCAUACGGAACGCCUACUAUUCUUUCCAGUUAUCAAUAUUCGACGACUGACGAUGGCGCUCCUAAUAAUGGUGUGGGAACUUGUUCAGGUACAGGAGGAGCGAACGGGUGGUACUGCCAGCAUCGCUGGAUAGCCUUUACCGGCAUGGUUGGGUUCCGGAAUAAUGUAGGCUCUGCGGCAUUAACGGACUGGGUGUCACCCCAAUCCUCUCAAAUCGCAUUUGGACGAGGUUCCGCUGGCUUCGUAGCCAUCAAUAACGCUGCCUCCGACUGGACUUCGAGCUUCACGUCCUCGUUAGCCGACGGAUCGUACUGCGAUGUUAUUAGUGGAACAAGCUCUGAUGGCACUUGCACAGGUUCUGGUUUCACUGUAUCUGGCGGCUCGUUCACCGCAACAGUUCCGGCUUACAGCGCAGUAGCCAUCCAUACAGGCGCAACAGGUACAGGCUCUGGAUCUGGUAGCUCGUCCGGUUCUGUCGCAGUAACAUUUGCUGAAACCGCUACUACAACCUUCGGCGAGAAUAUCUUCGUGGUGGGCAGUAUAUCACAACUAGGGGACUGGGCGCCUGCGUCCUCUAUCGCUCUUUCAGCGAGUAAUUACCCUGUAUGGGAGGUUACUAUUAGUAUCCCUGCAGGUACGACCUUUGAGUACAAGUUUAUAAGGAAAGAAACGGAUGGUUCGGUGGUAUGGGAAUCGGACCCGAAUCGUGAAGCUACGGUUGUAUCUUCGGGUGCGACUCAGACUUUGACGACGACGUGGCGUUGAAAAGCAAUGAAGUCUCCCCCAAUCAGUUGUUGAAUUAGUAAAAGGAACUAUGUACUGACUGCCCUCAGUGUAAUAAUGAAUCUUUACAUUGAACCGCGGAUCGACACGGCAGACAGACUGGAGGCCCUGGUCCUGAUCACUGCUCAAGGGUCGGCAGCUACAGAGGAUGAUAGAUACAGUUCCGGAGUAUUCGCCAUCGGCUAUUGCCGCCGGCCCUAAAAUGAAAAGUUUAUUUCAAUUUCCCUUGAUCGAU